UCCUAAAGUUGAAAUCUAAUUCAUUAUACAAACGAUUCACUUUGAGAUUCUUUUUUUCUUGGAUAUAAUAAAAAAAUAAUUUAAUAUACUAUAAUAGAGUGAUAAAAGUAUAAGAUAAAAAAAAUUCACAUACUAAAAUUAUGAAACCAGUUGAGACUUGCCUCAUUUGGUAGGACUCUUCACCUUAGAUCUUUAAGUUUUGGGUUCAAAUCUUUUCUAAGUAGGAACGUAACUAAGUGGGAUCGAUUACCUCUACAACUCUAUCCCCACCCCAAAUUAGAUAUCUUACCUAUGAAUAACUCAACCAAACAACUCUUAAGAAUUGAAAUCUAAUCAGAGAUUCAGAGUCAUUCUCCAUACUAUUUAAAAAAAAAAAAGAUAGACUCGUGAAAUUACACCCUCCAGCCCCAUCUUCGGUUAAUCGGCCCGAACCCGAGAUUAAUCUUUAUCAACCCUCUAAUGCACACCCAACUUCAACCUUCCAAAGUUUUUUUUUUGGUAAACAUGGAACCUUCCAAAGUUUAAACUAUCUAAAAACUAAACGGUUGAACUUUUAAAGUUUUUCCAACCGACAUAUAUACUCUCCAAAUUGAACAAGAAUUCUCCACAAAAACCCAGAAAAAUUAAAAACCCAGAAUUCUCAUUGUUCCUCAUUCUAAAAAAAAACCCAGUAAAAAAUGGCGUCUUCUCAAAAUCUUGAAGACGAAGAAAACGAUUAUGAAGACACUCAAACAGACCCCCAACUUUCUCUCUCCUCGUCUUCAGAAACCUACAUGGUUGGUUUCGUCAUCGUCAACAUUGUAGGGCUACAGUAUUAUUCCGGCAGAAUUAGCGGCCGAGAAAUGGUGGGUUUAGUCCGUGAACCCUUGAAUGUUUACGACGAAAACGCCAUUAAAGUGCUCAACACUCGAGGAUAUCAAGUGGGUCAUAUUGAAAGAGCUGGUGCAAAAGUUUUAGCGCCAUUAAUGGAUGUUCAGAUGAUAUUUGUUGAAGGUAUUGUUCCUAAUUCUCCUAAUAAGAACCCUAAGUUUAGAAUUCCAGUUCAAAUUCAUAUCUUUGCUAGAAUUGAGGCUUUUCAAGAUGUUCAAUCUGCAAUUUUAGGAGGUGGGUUGCAGUUAAUUUCUGGGGAUAGUGCUAGUUUCGCGUUAUCAGAUGCCGAGGUUGUGAAGGAGAAGAAGAAUAGUAAGGAUGUUAAGAGUGUAGAUGAGAUUUUUAAGUUAGUAGAUGAAAAUGUGGGUGAAAAUGAGGGUUUGUUUGUGAAAUUAGAACCUCCUAAAGAUGUAAUUAUACCGGAGUUGUUCGAUCACCAGAAAGAAGCACUUGGGUGGUUGGUUAGGAGGGAGAAUUCUGAAGAAUUGCCCCCUUUUUGGGAGGAAAAAGAUGGGAUGUAUGUCAAUGUGUUAACUAAUUUUCAGACGAAUACGAGGCCUGAACCGAUUAAAGGUGGGAUUUUCGCCGAUGAUAUGGGGUUAGGGAAGACCUUGACUCUACUUUCUUUGAUUGCUUAUGAUAAAAAUUGUUGUGGGGGUGUGGGUGUAGAUAAAAGAAGUGAGAAUGAGGUUUAUGGGGGUAAUGUUGAUGAUUGUGGUGGUAAGAAGUCCAAGGGAGGUAGAAAGGGGAAAAAGGUUACUACUAAUACUGCAAGGAAGAAGAGGAAAGUUGGUUUUAGUGAUGUGAGCAGUGGUAUUAAUGGAAACUCGGAAUCAAAUACGACAUUAGUUGUGUGUACACCUUCUGUAUUUUCGGUUUGGAUAUCGCAGCUGUGUGACCACACUUGUCCUAAUUCUUUGAAGUUCUAUAUGUAUCAUGGUGGACAGAGGACACGUGAUGUAGAGGAGCUUAAGAAACAUGAUAUAGUGCUAACUUCAUAUAAUACUUUGUCUGUUGAGGAGAGCCAAUCUGAAUCGCCAAUCAACAAGAUGGAGUGGAGGCGAAUUAUCUUAGAUGAGGGGCAUUUGAUUAAGAAUGCCGAUGCAAAGCAGAGUCGUGCAGUCAGAGCUUUAAAUGGUAAGAGAAGGUGGGUUGUGACAGGAACACCUGUACAGAACAGCUCCUAUGAUCUGUUUUCUCUUAUGGGCUUCUUGAAAUUUGAUCCCUUCUCUACUAAAGGCUACUGGAAUAGACUUGUGCAACGUCCGUUAGCUCAGGGCGAUAGUAAAGGUCUUGAGCGUCUUCAGGUCUUAAUGGCAACUGUCUCAUUGAGAAGAACAAAAGAGCAACUUUUGAUUGGCUUGCCAUCAAAAUCAAUACAAACUUGUCAUGUGGAACUUUCGCAUGAAGAACGUGAACUAUAUGAUCAUAUGGAAGAAGAAGCCAAACAGGUUGUGAGGAAGUACAUCAAUGAUGGGAAUGCGACACGUAACUUUUCGACUGUCCUCAGCAUUAUAUUGAGGCUUCGCCAAAUCUGUACUGAUGUCGCAUUAUGCCCACAUGAUAUUAAAUCUUUGCUCCCUCCUGACGAUGUUCAAGAUGUGUCUAAUAAUCCUGAACUCCUGGAGAAGUUGGUGUCACUGCUGCAAGAUACUGAAGACUUUGACUGUCCAAUUUGCAUUUCUCCACCAACAAAUGUUGUAAUUACAUCUUGUGCUCACAUAUUCUGCCGUGCCUGCAUCCUUAAAACCCUGAAGCACACAAAAGCCAGCUGUCCUAUGUGCCGACAUCCCUUGUCAGAGUCCAAGCUUUACUCCACACCACCAGGUUCAUCAGAUAACAGCAAUACAUCCUCAUCCUCGCCGAAAUCAUCUUCGAAAGUGACAGUUUUACUGAAACUCCUUUCAGAAAACAGAGGUGUUAAAUCUGUCGUGUUCUCACAGUUCCGGAAGAUGCUUUUGUUACUUGAAGAACCCCUAAAAGCGGCUGGGUUUAAGACAGUGCGAUUGGAUGGCACAAUGAGUCCAAAAAAGAGAGCUCAAGUGAUCCAAGAUUUUGGUGUUUCUUCUGGACCUGAUUCACCAACUGUUCUGCUUGCCAGUCUUAAAGCUUCUGGUACAGGUAUAAAUCUUACAGCUGCUUCUGUGGUGUACUUAUUCGAGCCAUGGUGGAACCCAGCAACUGAGGAACAGGCUAUGGAUCGUGUUCAUAGGAUUGGUCAGAAAAAAGAUGUGAAGAUCAUAAGGAUUAUUGCUCGAGACACGAUUGAAGAAAGGGUGCUGGAUUUACAGGAGAAGAAGAAGGAGCUAGCUAAGGGAGCGUUUGGAAGAAAAGGAGCAAAACAUAAGAAGGAAACUAAUAUAGGAGAUCUUUGCGGGCUUAUCUCACUAUCAGCUUGAUCUGGUUUCAUGAAUUUGUGGUUACACUUGUAUAAUAUGAAGCCCCUAAAAUGGUUAUAAGCGCUCUAUGAUGCAUAUUUUGGGGGCCAUUUUGUGCAGAUUUGAGGUGUAAAUAUCCUCAGUUUUUGGCUCUUUUAGCAUCCAAGAAGUAUUGUCUGGUACUCUUGUUGUUUUGCCAAUGAUUGUAAAUACUAAAUAGAGUCGUCGAAUCUUCAUAAAGGAAAGCACCAGCUGUGGCAAGGGGCAUGCGAGACAGCGAGAGCGCGUUAUGUGUUCAUAGUUUAACCAAAUGAAUCCAUGUAGUAGGGGAGUAGGGUAAUUUAAGUUUGGAACUUGGUUGAUUGGCCAAAUGGGAUGAAACCUAUAAGAUGCAAGUGAGUUUUCAAGCUAAAAACUAUCAAGGAUGCAAAUGGAACUGCUUUAAAGGUUGGUGAUGAAUCACUCUAAUACCUUAUUUCCCAUAUAUUAGUGUUUUUUUUUCCUCCCUGUUUUGCAUUUCUAGCUUAUUUUGCUAAAUUUUUAGUUAUAAAUAUUACUUCCUCUAUUUUUUAAGAUAUAACAUAUUGACUUUGGGCACUAUUUAUUCAAUAUACUUUGACUAUUAAGGGUA